UAAUUUUCUGUUGUUCUCUGGUGCGAGUGAAUAUGAGUGAUGAUUUUACCUUACAACUGCUUGCUGUGUCUACUUUCCAUUUAUAGUGGUAGAAUCACUGGAGGGAGAGAAAACUCUCAAACAAAAUGAUAUGAAUAGUUUUUGUUCUCUACUUUGAUCUCCUCUCUGUAAUGCUAAUGUAUUCUUCACUUCUCCCAAACUUCUAGCUAACGAAGUUACUCAGCAAAAUAUCAUGGAUGUUCCAAUCAAAUAUCCAGGCAAGCUCACCCUUAGGGUGGUUCUCACUUGCAUCAUGGCGGCUACUGGUGGCUUGAUUUUUGGUUAUGACCAUGGCGUUUCAGGUGGAGUGACCUCCAUGGAUUCUUUCCUGAUGAAAUUCUUCCCAUCUGUAUAUGAAAAAGAGUCGAAUCUGAAGCCUUCUUCAAAUCAGUACUGCAAGUUCAACAGUCAGAUACUGACACUGUUCACAUCUUCCCUUUAUGUGAGUGCCCUUAUAGCGGGUCUUGGGGCAUCCUUCAUAACCAGAAUGUUCGGUAGGCGUUCAACUAUGAUUACGGGUGGAAUAUUCUUCGUGGCAGGUGCAUUACUUAAUGGAUUUGCUGUGAACAUUUGGAUGCUUAUUUUUGGCAGGUUGCUGCUUGGUUUUGGCAUUGGAUGUGCCAAUCAGUCAGUUCCAAUCUAUGUAUCAGAGAUGGCCCCUUUUAAGUACCGUGGAGCUCUAAAUAUGUGCUUCCAGUUGUCAAUCACUAUAGGCAUAUUUGUGGCAAAUUUGUUCAACUACUACUUUGCUAAGAUAAUGAAUGGUCAGGGAUGGCGCCUAAGCUUAGGGCUUGGUGCAGUUCCAGCUAUCAUUUUUGUUAUAGGCUCAUUUUGCCUUCCUGAUUCACCAAACUCCCUUGUGGAACGUGGCUGUCUUGAAGAGGCCAAAAGGGAGCUUGUGAAAAUUCGCGGUACAACAGAAAUUGAUGCAGAAUUCAAGGACAUACUUGCUGCUAGUGAAGCCUCACAAAGUGUGAAACAUCCUUGGAGAACCUUGAUGGAGAGAAAGUAUAGACCACAGCUUGUGUUUGCCAUAUGCAUUCCCUUCUUCCAACAGUUCACCGGCCUGAAUGUGAUCACAUUCUAUGCUCCUAUUUUGUUCAGAACAAUUGGUUUUGGAAGCACUGCUUCUCUUAUGUCUGCAGUGAUCAUUGGUAGCUUUAAACCUGUUUCAACUUUGGUUUCAAUUCUUGUGGUAGACAAAUUUGGAAGACGCACCCUUUUCCUUGAAGGUGGUGUUCAAAUGUUGCUUUGCCAGAUCGUCAUGACAAUUGCAAUUGCGGUUGCAUUUGGAACACAUGGAAACCCAGGAACAUUGCCAAAGUGGUAUGCAAUUGUGGUUGUGGGGAUCAUAUGCGUCUAUGUUUCAGGUUAUGCUUGGUCAUGGGGUCCUCUAGGCUGGUUGGUACCAAGUGAAAUCUUUCCUCUUGAAAUUAGACCUGCUGCACAGAGCAUCACAGUUGCUGUCAACAUGAUUAGCACUUUCUUCAUAGCCCAAUUCUUCACAUUAAUGCUGUGUCACAUGAAAUUCGGUUUGUUCAUCUUCUUCGGGUUCUUUGUGGUGAUCAUGACCAUAUUCAUCUACAAGUUAUUUCCAGAGACAAAGGGUAUCCCACUCGAGGAAAUGAGUACGAUUUGGCAGAAACACCCCAUCUGGAGCAAAUUUUUGGAGUCAGACAGCACGAUCCAAAACGACAAGGCGAACUCCAAAUGUUGAAUAUUUGUUCUUUGUUGGUCUUGGUCUUUUAUUUAUGCAAGUCAGUGUUAACUCGAUUUCUUGUCCUUUUCUUAUGAUGCUUCAUUGUACAUGAUAAUAUUUAAGAUGGAGUUUCCACCUUGUAUAUUGCAAAGGAA